AUGGGGGCUGCGGCCUCCUCCAGUGUAGACGGCGAUGUGGGGUCAGGCGAAAUUCAAACAGAACAGCAGCAGCCGCACCCACAGCGGCAACGGCAGCAGCAGCAGCAACAACAGCAGCAGCGGCAACAGCAAAUCGUCUCGACAGGGGAAUCGGCAGCUGUUGACUCCCCGGUAGCGCCUCCAACUGCAGCAAGAAACGCGCAGUCUACCGAGCGUGAUCCUUCCGCUGCUGCUGGUGCUGCAGCAGCAGCAGCUGCUGCUGCUGAUGCAGAUAUUGCAGAUGCAGCUGACUUUGUAGCUCCUCAAAAGGGGAUGCGGACAAUUGGACUUGAUUCUAUUUUUCAGUUGCCGAAGCUGGCGUUGGCUGCAGCUGUGUGGCCCGAUGAGGCAGCAGCAGGUCCCCUAGCAGCAGCAGCAAAGGUGCAGCACCAGCGGCAGCAGGACGUCGGAGCUCCUUCCGUUGCAGCAGCAGCUGCAUGCAUCAGCCGCUACAAAAGGCUGCUGCUGCAGCAGCGUCUGGCGUCUCUGGAGCGGCAGAAAGAAGAAGGGAGAGGAGGCGGGGUUUCAACGAGCAGUGCAGCAGCAUCAGCAGCAGGUGUACAUGCAGACAGCCUGGAUGCAUGUACACCUCAGGAGGAGGCUUUCGAUUGCGUCUCCCUUGCAGGCCUCACUAUGAUGGAGACGGGCGUCGCCUGCACUCCCUCCUUAGACAGCCUGACGCGUCGGCUUGGGAUGUAUGAGCAGCUGCACCGACUGAAGCAGCAACUCGAAGCACAGCUGCAGCAAACAAAAAACAAAAUAACGCUGAUAGAGAAAAACAUAGCAGAUGCUUCAGGUGCAAAGUUCAACAGAAACAAUAGCCGCAGCAACAGAAGCAGCAGAAGCAGCAGGAGCAGCGACAGCAGCAGCUGUAGUGAAACAGAGAAGGAAGGAAAGCACAAGGAGAAAGGAAAGAAGACAAAAGACGCUGCAUCCAAAAGACCGUCGGGACUGGUGGGCCGAAAUACUCCUCCAGGGCAGCACUGCAAGCAGCAGCAGCAACAGCAGGAGCAACAGCAGCAGCUGCAGCAGCGAAAGAAAGGACAACAGCAGCAGCAGCAGGAAGUUGACGGUCAGCAUGUUGGGGGCGUUGAGCGCACGUCUGUUGGUGUUUAUCCCUUUGCUGCUGCUGCUGCUGGUUCCACCUCUUCUGCUGCAUCUGCAGCAGCAGCAACACAGGAGCUGCUGCAGCUGGAGUGUACAUGCAUGGAGUUGCAAGCCGACAUUGAAACCUUAAACAAGGCCUGUGCUGAGCUGCAUGCGCUGCUGCAGCAGCCAACAGACUCCAACGCCUCAACUCCACCAGCAGCAGCAGCAGCAGCAACAGCAGCAGCAGCAGCAGCAGCAGCAGCAGCAGCAGCAACAGCGGCGUUGACUGCGGCUGUAAUUGUGGGUGUGGAGGCGGGGGAUCGGAGCGGCUAA